CAUUCCUAUCUCUCUUCCUCUGCUCUGAUAAUACUUCAUUGGUCUCCUACAGAACAGGACAGUGUCUCCCCAGAAGAGAAGCUGAGUGCAGCUGGAACAAACGACAGGAGGGACUUUGUUCAAAUCCGAUGAGUAAAAGUGCAUCAGUAGUUCGACUUUUCAUGGGGUUCAUUCUCAUUGCGACAGGUGUGCAUGCCUCCUGUCCCAUUGAGCUGAGCCCCCCCAGUGUUGUGGUGAGAUAUGGGGACCCAGUCACAAUCAACUGCAGCACAUCGGUGAGCCCGUUGGAAGGACUAGGCUGGGAGGUCACAGUAAAUGGCACAGGUAUAGUGGAGGUCAACCAUUUACCCUGGACUGUGGCGAAUCUAACAGAAUGGACCAUCUCUCCCUCAUGCUUCUUCAACCCAUCAGAGAACAGUUCACACACACAGUGUUUCAAGAAAGCAAAAGUUGUACUUUACACAUUCCCAGAAACCAUCAGCAUCACCUGUAGCGGUGACUCCAAAGGUGUGAUGAAAGAAAAUAAGGACUAUAACUUCACAUGUGACAUCCACAAUAUAGCACCUGUUCAGAAUCUGACUUUGAGAUGGUACAAAAGAGAUACAAUCAUCCACACAGAGACUUUUGACUUCUCCGCUAAAGAACCAAUGAAUCUGACAUCUGUCCUCCUUGGCUUUACACCGACUAGACAAGACAAUGGAGUCACAUUCAGAUGUGAAGCACAUAUGAAUCUGGGGUCAGAAGGGCCCAAAUUGAACUUGUCUUCACAAGAGUAUAAGGUUACUGUUCACUUUGGACCUGAAUUACAGUGUUCUGGGACUGACUUACUGGAAGGGACUGACUUACUGGAAGGGGACUCUUUGAAGAAUCACUGCCUUGUGGAAGGAAAUCCCACCCCCUCCGUGAAAUGGCUGAAAGAUGGACAGCCUAUAGACCCAGGCAUCCCUAUGAGUAGAACGAAUUCAGGACUGUACACUGUAGAAGCUGAGGGCUCUUCAUUUAUCAACAAAACCCUCCGAGUUCAUGUGUUGUAUGGACCAGAGUUAAAGUGUCCUAGCAGUUACACUGCACUGGAGUACAGUCCUCACAACAUCACCUGCACAUUUGAGGGCUAUCCUCAACCCGAGAUAAUGUGGUACAGAGAUGGCGAGGAGGUGGAACUUCCAGCAAACCUAAAAAGACGUGAUACAGGGCAGUACUUGAUCACAGCCUCAAACAAUUUAUCAAGUGUCAACACCACACUGGAGAUCAAUGUCAUAUACCCACCAUCAGAGAUAGUUGAGCUUGAAGACUCUGAAGUUGAGCUUGGUUCUGAGUUUUGGUUGAAAUGCUCCUCCAUGGGCAACCCACGACCAAAAUAUUUCUGGAAUUACUACCAGAUGUCCAAUGUGGUGGAAAAAAGUGAAGAUGGAGUGUCCUAUCUGCUCAUCCACAAUGCCACUGCAUUCAACAAUGGCUCCUACACGUGUCAUGCCUCGAACGAGAGAGGAAAUGUCUCUAAAACGGCCAGAGUCACUGUAAAAGGUGCCAGACAAGAAUGUCCUAUCCAAAUAUCUCCAGACAGGAUGGUGAUACAAUACCAAGGCACAAGCCAGACUGCAAAAUGCCAAGUGACAUCCACUGCCAUCACAAAUGUCAAAAACAAAUAUUGGCAGAUUAGAAAGGACGACAGAAUUGACAAUGAAGACUGGAGGGAUGUUGACACCUAUAAAGACUGGGACUUGAGGCCUGUUUGUAUUGCAACGUUUGUGGGAAUAGGAACAUGCCAAAAACAUUUAAAGUUCACUCUCUACAAAACACCGGACAGCGUCUUCAUCCGUCCUGUGGAUAAUGUGACCUCAACUGUGGAGGACGUAGAGUUCCAGCUGCAAUGUGACAUUAUCAAUGUUGCUCCAGCACAAUACCUUGCUGUGCGGUGGUAUCUAGGGAAUGACACAGUUGAACCACUUACUAGAGGCCCAAUGCGAGUUACUGGUUGUCAGCCUGAGAACAACACACACUGCGACAUCAGUGUGAUCAAAUAUCCAGUUAAUGUGUCAUCUACCAUCAGUAUCGCUCUGAACAGGACGCAGAGUGGGACACAAUUCAGAUGUGAGGCUCAGCUGGAGCUGGGACCUGAGGGACCACAGCCUCCUCCAAGCAUGAUGUCCAGUCCUCUCAACAUCUCUGUCAACUAUAAGCCCAUCAUUACCGUAAAGCUUCCAAAGACAAUGCCAGUGUUCAGAGGUUAUCCUGAGGAACUUUCGUGUGAAGCCGAUGGUCACCCAUCUCCAAAGAUCAUGUGGGUCUACAGCUCGGACAAAGUGCCCCAUAUCUCUGGAAACAUGCUCACCGUGACUGAAGCAGGUUUCUACAACUGUAGUGCCACUAAUGAAGUUGGCUCCAGCUUCCAUGUGGUUGAAGUUAUUUUAAAAGAGGACUACCUGCCCCUCAUAGCUGGAUUUGUGGCUGUCACAGUUGUUGCUAUCUCCAUCAUCUUCCUCUUCAUCUACUCAAUCUACUACAAGAACACAAAGAUGCGGCGAUACAGCCUUAAAAACCCCAAACUCAGCACCCACAACGGCAACGUAGCUCACAAUGGCUGGGACAUGCAGUUUCCUAUGACCAGACUGUCUUACUACUCAGACAGCGCUCGUCUUUAUGCGCCUUCUCUGUGCCUGGCCCUGUGUUGUGCCAUGUCGUGUCAGGAUGUGCCCACAAUUUUUGAUUUUGUUUUUCAACUGGAUCUUUCACUUUGCUCUAAGAGCGUUGCUGAUUUGCUCACUUGUGAAAUCAUGUUGUGGUUUUUCGUAUUCAGUGGCUUUCUAGCGUGCACAGGAAAGUCUGCAGGUACCUACUGUCCAAUUGAAAUGAAACCUUCCAAAGUUGUGGUGAGAUAUGGAGAGCCCUUAAGAGUCAACUGUACCUCAUUAACCCAGCCGAUAGAGGGAAUGGGCUGGGAGUCUACAGCUGGUGGCACAGGCCUUAUAGAAGGGGUCUCUUCUUGUCCCUUAACUAUAGCCUCUGUAACAGACUGGAAUAUAGCACCAAAAUGCUACAUCAAUAUGAUGAACGAUGCACAGUGUUUAGAACGCCUACCAGUCACAGUUUACAAAACACCGGACAGCGUGUCUCUGUCGGGUCAAACAGGCCCCAUGGAGGAGGGUAAACAGUAUCUCAUGCAGUGUGACGUUGCUAAUGUCGCACCAGCAUCAAACCUCUAUGUGUAUUGGCACAAAGGAAAAGAGAGAUUCAAUAUUGGCACAUUUAAUGAUACCACACCAACUCCAGUCAAUAGGUCAUCUACCGUGACUCUAACCGCUCAUAGAGAUCAUGAUGGAACUCAGAUCUGGUGUGAAGCACGGCUGCACUUUAUGCCAACUGCACCAGAUACUCCCGCAGUGCCAUCAAAGUCACAUAAAAUGAUCGUACUCUACCCACCAACCUUUAUCAAGCCUGAAACUGAGAUGCUGGAAAUUAAAGCUGGUAACAAAAUUACUUUAGAUUGCACCGCUAAAGGAAACCCGAUGCCAGUAUACACAUGGCGUUUCCCACACCCACAACAGAUGAACAUGAAUCAAAGUGAAACUCAGCUCAUCUUGAUCCCAUCCUUUCAGCUUCCAGGGUAUUAUAACUGCACAGCGUCUAAUUCCCAGGGCAUCCGGACCAAAUAUUUCAUUGUCACAGAGAAUGCCGGCAAUCGAAAAACCUUUGCAGCAAUACUUGUAGGAUUUUUGGGUGUUGCAGUUCUGCUGGUCAUUGUUGGUGCGUUGUUUGUGACACCUGAAGGCACAUUUUCUUUCAACAAAGGCGGCUGUCAACCUACCUCAUCAGGCGUUGUAUGGGGGCCCUUUUGUAUCAGCAUAGUUUCCUGCAGGGUUGCCAAGCUUGUUCUUGUGGGAAUUUUCUUUCUCUCACCACUUAAUCGACGGCUCAGUGCAGAAAGUAACAUGGAGAACAACUUUCUGAGAUGGAUUCUGAUUUUUUGCAUGUUUUAUUCAGUGUCAGGUGAAGGCUGCUCCAUGAUCCUCAGACCCUCCAGGGUUGUGGUUGGCUUUGGGGAGCCAGUGUCAGUCAGCUGUGAAGCCAUUCGCCCGGUACGUGUCCUGGGCUGGGACUCAGUCAUCAGUGCUGCAGAAACUCACCAGAACCUUUCUGUCCAGUGGAAGGUAGACAGUCUUAUUGAUUGGAUAGAGGAGCCCAUCUGUUAUGGGGUGUUUUUCACACCUCCCACACAAUGUGAAGAGAAACUCAACCUUGUCCUCUACAAAACCCCAGAUAGCGUCUCCAUCAGGCCUGUGAACCACACCGGCCCCAUGGUGGAAGGGAGAGAGUACCAACUGCUCUGCGAGGUUCAGAAUAUUGCUCCUGUUCAGUACCUCACCCUGAGAUGGUACAGAGGGCUGACUGAGGUUUAUAACCAUUCCUUCACUGACCUCACAUCUUCCUUGCCUGUCCAAGUAUCAUCCAUCCUCAUCAUCACGCCAACCAAAGCAGAGAAUGGAGCACAGUACAGGUGUGUAGCAGAGCUGGAGCUUGGACCAGAGGGACCACAACCACCUCCUACUGUGACCUCGGAGCCUCUUAAUGCCUCUGUAUACUUUCCCCCAGCAUUCCUCAGUCCUGAACCAGAGGUUUUGGACCUUGUAGUAGGUGUUGAAAUUACCUUAAACUGCACCGCCACAGGAAACCCCACACCUGUGUACAGCUGGCAAUCCUCCCAUCCCAUGCAGGAGAGGAUAGAAGAUGAAGCAAUUCUCACCUCCUCCUCACUGCUCCCAGGGACCUACAUCUGCAUGGCCUCCAAUACAUUGGAGAAGAAGAGCAAGCAGUUUAUUGUCAAAGCCAAGACCAAAGGUAUUUGAAACAAGAGAUCUUGACAUGGGAUCAGAUGACCACAUCGAACAUACAAGGAGAAUUCACUUAAGGAUAUUUUACUGUUGCUGCUUUUGAGAUGGAAAUGACAGUGCAUCAACAGAUAUUUAUGAGGAUCUUGCUUUCAUCCAGAAGUAGAUAUUAUACAGACAAAGACCUGAAUAUACUAUAUUUGGUAAAUGCCAUUUAAUUUGUCAGUGUUAUAACAAAUGUAUUCUGUGUGGUAGAUUGUUGGUCUAUAAUAUAGUUAACUUUUUAUACUUUCAAUGUGAUAUCCCAUAUCUAAUUUAUAUUUUUGUUACUUAUUUUUCUUUUAAUGAAAUUACCUUGUAACAUUACAAAUGUGUAGCUGCACUUAAUAUAGCAAUAAUUAAUACAUUAUUGUUAAUGUAAGAUAAAAAUGUAAUACUGCAACUUUAACACUAGUAGCCAACAGAUCG